UCCCGGCACACAGGCAGGCCGGGGCGGGGGGCCCCCGAGGCCGGAGCGGCCCGGGCCCCGUCGGGGCGGCCAGGGCGUGGCGAUGCCGGGUGGUGGCAGCGGCGUCCCGGGCCGGGGCCCGUGACCAUGGGCAUCGCAGAGUCCACGCCGGACGAGCUGCCGUCGGACGCCGAGGAGCAGCUGCGCAGCGGCGAGCAGCAGCUGGAGCUGAGCGGGCGGCGGUUGCGGCGGCUGCCUAGCGCCGUGUGCGCAUUGAGCCGCUUGCAGAAGCUGUAUGUGAGCGGCACCGGGCUGCGCGAGCUUCCCGAGGAGAUCGAGGAGCUGCGCGAGCUGCGCAUCCUGGCGCUCGACUUCAACAAGCUGGAGCGCCUGCCCGACGGCCUGUGUCGCCUACCGCGCCUCACGCGUCUCUACCUGGGCGGCAACCGUCUGCUGGCGCUGCCACCCGACUUUGCGCAGCUGCAGAGCCUGCGCUGCCUCUGGAUCGAAGGCAACUUCCUGCGGCGCUUUCCGCGGCCGUUGUUGCGCCUGGUGGCGCUGCAAUCGCUGCAGAUGGGCGACAACCGGCUGCGCGCGCUGCCCGCCGAGCUGCCGCGCAUGACCGGCUUGCGUGGCCUCUGGCUCUACGGCAAUCGCUUCGAAGAGUUCCCGCCCGCGCUGUUGCGCAUGGGCCGGCUGCACAUCCUCGACCUCGACCGCAACCGCCUGGGCGGCUUCCCCGACCUGCACCCGCUGCGUGCGCUCCGAGUUUUCUCCUACGACCACAACCCAGUCACUGGACCCCCCCGGGUGGCAGACACCGUUUUCCUAGUGGGCGAGGGAGCCGUCGAGCGCAUGGCUGAGCGCGACGAACCCAUUCCGCGACCGCCAGCCCGGCGUCCAACCCGGGCUUUUGAGGAUGAGGAGGAAGAAGACCUACUCAUAGGAGGCGCAGGACCCAGGGCCCUGGGGCCCGCCAGGGACAGCCUCCGAGCCUUGGAAGCUCCUCCAGGAUUGGGCACCUGAGCCUCUUCCCUGAGUGAUGGGCUUGGCUACUCCGGAAGAAGGGACUCUGCGAGGCUGUGGCUGUUUGGAUAUACGGUGUUGCUGGGCCUCUUUCUUGGGGCAGUGAAGGAGCAUCAUUGAGUGAGCUGCCUGGCACAGGCAGUCCUGAGGCCAUCUUCAGACAGUACUAGGCAGUAAGAAAGAGUCCCUGGGCUGACCUCUGGGCAGUUUUCAGACCAAGAAGUCUGGGAUAGAGCCACUGAUGGUACGACAGAUGAACCGGUUCUCACCUGGAACCAGGGUCACCACUUAUCCAUAGAAUCAUCCCUACAUCUAUCCCUAGUUAUAGAUGUCAGGGCAUCUAUAACUUUCACCUGGGGUUUGGAUUGCCUAGGCCUACCCUAGGAGACUGUAUGGGGCAAACUCUCCGUGUGUGUGUGUGUGUGUGUGUGUGUGUGUGUGUGUGUGUGUGUGUGUUGGGGGUGGGGCCGGGGGAGUUCUGGCCAGAGGCAGGGCAUAGGAACUAUGUCCAAGACAGAAGUAGACAUAGACGGGGGCCCCAGUUCUCCACCAGGUCUCCCCUGAUAGUUGUAUGUAUGGUACACAGAAGAGAAGGGUCUCCACCCAUCUUUCCUCCGGAUCUUUUCUCUCAGCCUGUGCUGCACUAUUGCCGGGCAAAGAGAGAUCUUCCCUCUCCUGCAGCCUGUGCCCUCAGUUAUCAAGUGUGAGAAGAUGCCACUGUGCCUCUAGGGCCUCCUGCCCCAAGAGAGAGGGGCUCUGCACUCUAGGAGGUUGCUCAGGGCCUCUGUACUGCCUGUACUCUCCAUUUCCUUACAUGGGCACAGCCAGGGUGGCUGGCACGGCAUGGGGCACUGGACAGGCACCAUGUGCCUCUACUCCGUCACCAGGGACAGCCUCUGAAGGGCUGAGAAGACAAGCUCUGCUAUUCCCAGGGCCAGAUCCAAGCAAUAAUAGGAGGUGAGGGCCAGAGGACACUCAGGGACAGUCAGGGGCUGGAGCCCCAGAAGGUAGUGUUUUCUUUAGGAAGAAGAAAAAAACCUUGUAAACAUAAAUUUUAUUUCUUGGAGAAAGAAUGUGUGUUUCCCACAUGUCUAUUUAUUUAUAAACCCGGGAGCACCAAGUUCCACCGCUGUGGGUGCACCUCCCCCACCCAAGUGCCCCAACUCUGUGUCAGGAUGACCCUGGCCAGCUGUUGUGUCUGUCCUUCUUGUCUGGGGAACAAGAGCCCGUUGCAGAAGGAAAUAGCAUUGCUCCCUGAAGCUGGUCACCUGGCAUCUUCGGAUGUCCUCAUGUUCUGGCUCACCCUACCCUUGGUUGUGCUGUAGGGGUCAUCUGCAGCUUGGUUCUUGGGAUCUAAUUCUUGGAUCUCCCACCAGCUGGGCUACCCUUCCUCUAUUUGCUCGACAGUACUGGCCCCUCCCACUCUGACUGUACUUGCCCUAUUCUCCUUUGCCUUUCUCAGCCUCAGUUCCUUCAGUUUUGCCCCCCCCAUCACCAUGGCAACAAGAACUGAUGUCAUAUAUGGAGUCAAAAGGUCAGGCUCAACCCAGUAGCUGGGCUAGUACAUUGGGCUGGGCUCUGGGUAAGGAGGAGGCUGGAUAUAGAUCUAGAGUGAGAUAAGACUAAACAGGCAGACAGAAUGAAAGGUGGGGAGUAAGAUUAACGUGGGGCCCAACCGUAGGCUUUGUUUUUGUUAAGGCUCCUUCUGGGGCUCUGGGGCUCUCAGGAGCCUCCCUUACGUGGGGGUAAGGAUUUGAGAGGUGAGGUUAUCAGGUAGGUUGAGAGCUGCAGCCCACCAGGGAUGACCUUUGGCUCCAGAAGUUGUCAGGUACAGGGGUAACCACCAUAGACCAGGUCUGUCCUUGCUCCUGGUUCUGCUCCUGGUUCUGCAAUUGGAUGAAUGACCCUGAUGAAGUCUUGGAUAUCUGGGCCUUAGUUUCUCCAUUUGGAGUGGACAAGUUGGAUUUUUAAGUCUGAUGCUCCAGCCCAAGACUCCACCCACCGUCUUAUCCACCAUUCUUUCCUGUGCAGCUACAGCUCAAGUUUCCUUUCUGAUGUUUCUGCUCCCCUGUCCUGACUCACCCAAGGCCAGAUGGUCUGAGCAAUGCCCUACAGUGGACUCUCUCCUGCAUCAUCCUGAGGUGUUCAUGUUCAAGUCCCUUGCCCCCCCUUAUUUUCUUCCUUCCUUCCUUCCUUCCUUCCUUCCUUCCUUCCUUCCU